GGGAGGAUUGUGGUCCUGGGUCAUGAGGGCUACCUGACCGCCUUUCCUGCUCUGGUAGAGAACGCUCUGACCUGGCUGAGAGGAGAUGGAUCUAACAACCUGUCUGUGGGGGUCCACAAAGUCAUCAAGGGAGUCGUUGAUAACCUCAGCAAAUCCAGCUUCCAAGCCACAGUUGUUGGGGCCUUUAGUGACAACCGGGAGGUUGGUGUGUACGUGACGGACGCCUACAGCGUUGGUGCAGACGUGAAGGACCUGGUGGCUUUUCUGAAAGCUGGAGGAGGAGUGCUGAUAGCAGGGGAGGCGUGGAGCUGGGCUGAAAAACACCCUAAGGAGAACACACUGUUUCAGUUUGAAGGGAAUAAGGUUUCUGGUGUGGCAGGGAUCUACUUCUCUGACCAUCGGGGUGAGGCAGAGUGCCUGCCUGUCUACCCACAGAUCCCGUCCUCCUGGAUGGCCGUAGUGCUCGGAAAGGAUUUUGAGGAUGACUUGCAGUUCUUACUCGAGGGGGUUUCAGACUUUGACCUCCAAGGUGGAAAUAUAGCCUCUGAGGUUCUGGUCCACGGCCCGCUAGCCUUUCCCAUCGGGACCACGAGCAGUGGACAAGCAUUCCUGGCAGGAAGCUACUAUGGAAACGGACGAGUCAUUGUGAUCACACAUGAAGGGCUUCUGGGACGAGAGACACUGGCUCCAUUUUGGAAAAAUGCUCUCCAUUGGCUGGAUGAAGGUCGGCAGGGCGUCGUUGGUGUCGCGCCACAUAUCUCCCCCAAUGUUCUCAGCAAGUCAGGGUUGAAGUGUGAGCAGACAAACUUCAGAGGAGACCUGAGCGUAUUUGUGGCUAAAGCGUACAGCGAUGAUCACAUGGAGGAAAUCCAACACUUUGUGGCAGAGGGAGGAGGCCUGCUGAUCGGUGGACACGCCUGGUACUGGGCACAGUCACACCCUGGGCGAAAUGAAUUAACAGAUUUCCCAGGGAACAAGAUCCUGAACGUAAUGGGCUUGAGCUUGUUGAGGAAAACUAUCAGUGCAGGUUUAUACAAGGCCCCCGUGCCAAGCAAGGCCAUCAAAGACUCCUACCACUUCCGCCACCUCCUGCACCGCUUCGCCAGUCAUGUAUCUCACGAUGUGGAGCUUAGCAAGCAUGAGGAGGAGCACCUCAAUAGGCUGGGCACGGACUGCGCCACCUACUUGCACAUGAAGGCUCAUGACUGCCCCUCCUAUAAACAGGUGGUGUCCACCCUCACUCACAUUGUGAUGAAGUCCGGCAUGCCUCAGGUGUGUGACAGCUGUCCUGCGAAGAGUCCCAGAGACCACCUAAUCCUUAGUGUGGGGACAGAGGUGUAUAAGGUUUGCCCAGAUCCUGAUGCCCUGCUGCCCUACCUCAUCAAGGAUAACCCCUUGAUGCCAGUUGUCUACAACCACAGAAUCAAGAUUAAUGUCAACACAGAAGGAGGAGGGGAGUGGAUCAGUACAGGGGUCUACCUCUCACCUGGUAUGAAGACCUUCGUUGCCAUGCCAGCAGAGAUUGUCAACAAAGAUUGGAAGAUCCAGAUAGGCUGUCAAACAGACUGCCUGAAGUCCAGAGGAGAAUUGAAGAGAGCGCCGUGUGUUUACGAGCGAUUCCCUGUAACCUCAGAGAUGACGCAGGUGUGGAACCUGUGGGGGGGACUAAUCUACCUGAUGGUUCCACCCAAAACAAAGGUGGAGGGGGUAGAGGCCAUAGUGCAUAUGGCUGUACCUGCGCCUUACUAUAAAUCCGGCGUGACAACGGCUGCUGAAUGGACAUUGCUGCGCACAUCUCCCUCACCUUGGGCCGAGUUAGAGUUUGAAAACAUCAUCCUCACUGUGCCAUCAGAUGUCGUUCGGAGCCUGGAUCGCCCUGAUGAGUUGGCGACCCUUUGGAAUGACAUCAUGAGGGGCGUCGCAGAGCUGGCUGUCAUACCCACAUUUCCCCGCAAAGAACGCAUUGUAGCAGAUGUGCAAAUCUCGGCUGGUUGGAUGCAUUCCGGUUAUCCCAUCAUGACACACAAGGUCACAGCAGCUGAGCUGGUCAAUGUUGACCAUGUUAGGAGUAAAGGCCUGUGGGGGCCCAUUCAUGAAAUGGGACACAACCAACAAAGAGGCUGCUGGGAGUUCCCAUCACACACCACAGAGUGCACAUGCAACCUGUGGUCAGUGUAUGUGCAUGAAGAGGUGCUGGGGAUCAACAGGGCAAAGGCUCAUCCAAAUAUGACUUCAGCAAAACGAAAAGGUCGAGCAGAGGCGUAUGUGAAGGGGGGCAAGAAACUCAGCAGCUGGUCAAUGUGGGUGGCCCUGGAGACAUACAUGCAGGUGAGAGAGAAAUACCUUUUAUUCUACUCUGUAAAGAAUAUAUGUCACACAGGAGUCAGUCAACACAAUCGCACCACCAAAAAGUCGAGCAAAAAUCCAUCAUGACAGACUUUUAUGGUCAAAGAAGCUUUUUGUAGAUCAAAUUGAUUUGGGAUCUGCACAUCAAAUCCAGUUGUGGGGAAGAAUUUCACGCCUCUAGCUUGUUUCAGCCUUCGGGUUUCAACCCUGAUAAGACGGACAUUCUCGAGGCCAAAUCGUCCC